CGUAUAUUUUAUCUGUGCAUUGCGUUUUUGGUGACAAGUGAAAUCGGUGAAAUCAUUUUGAUAAAUACGUGAUUAAUUUCCAAAGAUGUCUUUCUUUGGUGUAGGAAAUCCCUUUUCUACGCCGGUAGGGCAAAAAAUAGAACAAGCUACAGAUGGAUCCUUACCGUCGGAAAACUGGGCCCUUAAUAUGGAAAUCUGUGAUAUUGUGAACAGUAGCACAGAUGGGCCUAAGGAUGCCAUAAAGGCUAUAAGAAAGAGGUUGACACAGAGUGCUGGGAAGAACUACACAAUUGUGAUGCACACUCUGACUGUGCUUGAGACCUGUGUAAAGAACUGUGGCAAGUCUUUCCAUGUCCAGGCUUGCAACAAGGAGUUUAUAUCUGAAUUGGUUAAACUCAUUGGCCCCAAGAAUGACCCUCCAACAGUGGUGCAAGAGAAGGUGCUCAGUCUAAUCCAGUGUUGGGCAGAUGCUUUCCAGAACCAGCCUGAUUUACAGGGCGUCGUACAAGUUUACACUGAAUUGAGGACUAAAGGGGUGGAGUUUCCAAUGACAGAUUUAGACGCGAUGGCUCCCAUAUUCACACCGCAAAGGAGUGUCCCGGACAGUGGUGAACCAAUGAUUGGGUCGCCCCAACGCUCAGCUAUGCCGCAAACCUCGCCCAGCCGACCCACGCAGGAACAAAUAUCUGGAACCGUGACCCUAUCAGAGAGCCAGACGAACAAGUUGCGCGCCGACCUGGCGGUGGUGGAGGGCAACAUGAACGUCAUGAACGACAUGUUGAACGAGCUCACCACGCAGCCACACACCGCGCACCACGACUCCGACAUCGAACUGCUUAAUGAGUUGGCAGACACACUCCGCGCUAUGCAGACUCGCGUGGCGGAGCUGAUCGGGCGACUGGCGGGCGAGUCCGCGCUCACCGGGGAACUACUGCACGCCAACGACAGACUCAACAACCUACUACUGCGGCACGGACGGUUCGUUAACAACAGGAAUGCCGCUACCGGCGGUGCUACGCCAUCUGCCAUUCUAGGCGCUGCCAUGGGAGUACCUGGAUCAAAUGCUCCAACAUCACCAAAGAAACCUGAUGACGACGCUCUAAUUGAUCUCAGCGAUGAUGUACCUGAUAUUGCCAAAUUGAGUGUCCGUGACUCUCAGCCAGACAAGUCCCCGGGCAGCUCUAAGGACGAGUUCGAUAUGUUUGCGCAGUCACGGAACCUUACGUACGAGAACUCCAAGACUGGAGGCAGUAGUUACGCAGAUAACUUGGAGGAGCAGUCCUCGGCCGGACUGGCCUCCAUCGCCAGUCAACGAGCCACGCAGGGACAGCCACUUCCGUCGGGCAUGGAUGAAAGGGAGAUCGAUGAAAUAGCGGCAUGGUUAGCUCAAGAGAAGGCUGCGUCAGAAGCAGCAGGUGGGCAAGAGAGCGUCACGAGCAGUGACUUCGACAAGUUCCUGGCCGAGCGCGCCGCCGCGGCCGACAGUCUCCCGCCGGCCAGCCAGGCGGCCCCCCCCGCCCCCCCCGCCAGUGGCAAUGCCAGCGCCCCGCCCGCCAUGCCAGCCGCACUAACCCCCCGCCACCGCCAAAUCAACAAGGAUGACCACGACUCCAUGUUCGCGCUCUGAUCCUCUCCCAACAACUCAGGUUUAUCGUCAUGUCUACAACCUUAGCUUACCUAUACAUCUUCUGAAACUGAUCUAUUUGAUCUCGUACCAUAUUAUUAUUCCUUGAUUUUUUUAAAGCUGAUAUUGAUGAUGAAACGUGAUUGUUUGGUUGGUUAGUUAGUCGAAUAACCGACCAAUUGCAUCACUCUUUGAUCCGCCGUUCGACGUUGCGCGCGCUUUUGCUAUGUAUAUUGAUCCUAUUUUUCUCUUGUUAUUUCUGUUUAUGGCUUUUAUUUUUUCUUUGUUAAGACUUGGUUUUCCAUAAGGUGUAUUCAUUUUAUUUUCUUAUUGCUUUGAUUUAUACUGAAAAAGAGUUCGCAACGUCGUAAUAUUUUGGUUCUGAUCUGUAGCCAAUCGCAAUCCGCAGUGUAAAAAAUUAGUAACAUGUAUUACUUGAAGAGUGAAAUAAACAAAAGGCUUUAAAAAAAAAAUAAAAACGGUAAUACAUGCGUUUACCAGUACUGUACGCUUUGCACACGAAUGCAUUGAAUAAAAUGGUCAGAAUGACUUCUAUACAUACAGCCAGAUAUUCUAAAUUGUAUUGUAAUUUGUACACUCAAUAUAUUUAUAGUAUUGUGUAAGGUUGCGAUUAAUAUAUUCUCGACGCAUCACUAGUUCGAAGUUUUCAACACUAGUAGUGCGCGAUAGUUUCUCACGUUACUAUGUAUUUGUGGCGAUAAAUCUGUAUACUUAGGUAUUAGUAUUUCUCGCUCGCCUGUCGACAUUAGUUGACAUUUAAAGUUGUUAUUUUUGCAUCGAAAUGUAUUUAUACACCGCAAUAAUUUCUCGUAAUAUUGUCAAUAAGUCACGUGUAUUCGAUAUGCCGUUUGGUGCCUGGCUUUUAUAGUUAUAAUUGAAAUAUUUUAAGCUGACUAACCGACCUCGUAAACUUACUAAUGUUUCAAAAAAUCUUAAUAUAUUUCUUGUUAUUCGGCGUUUUACUAACUUCUAAAGUAUUGUAGGAACAUCUUUUUCAACUUAAAAUACUUCAAUGAAAAUAAACGAUUUUGUAACAGCGUGGUAUUAAAAAGUAUAUAAAACUAUUAAGUACAUAACCGCGGCCGCGUCAUUGACUAUGUAUUACACUAGAGUAAGGUAACAUUAGGUAGAUUUCUUUAAUAUAUGAACGUAUGUAGACUUCACUAGACCACGGGAGCAUUUAAUACAAGACCACUGGCGUUCGACAUUAUUGAUGGAUUUCUAUUAUGUAAUUAUUUAUUACGAUUUCAAUGUAUUGGGAUGAUCGUCGAAGGGUCGAGAUUGUGAUAUAUAAUAUUGUUUGAUAUAAUAGUAUAUCGUGGUUUUAUUUACUAGAUUUAGAGAUUACUAAGAGUAAAUCAAGAUGUAUUUGUAUAUUUAAUUUAGUACCUGUCGUACAGCAUUUUGAUUUGUUUUCGUUGUUUGAUGAAAUUGGAAGGAGUAGAAUACGAAUCGAUUUACAGAAACCAAGUAUUUAUUGUUUUACUGUUUAUGUUUAAUUACUGAAAUGAAUUUCGCACAGGUAAAUUAAAGGUGAAGGUUUUAAGCCUUGUCUAAAUACAAUCAUGCACCUAUGAACUUGAAUUCAAUUCUUGGUCCUUAUUAACUUACGUUUGCCAAUCUUGUGUCUUCAUAUACAUACCGGUACCUACAAUACGAUGUUGUGGAAAAUAACUACUACUAAGAACGUUAUUGGGCCUAAAAGAUCGCAAGAAACACGAGGCAUUUAUAAGCGCGAGGAUUUCUUUCAGGUGCAUCUAUUGUGCUAGUAUCUUAUAGAAAAAAUGGUUGUACUAUACACCUGUAAUGUAAAAAUUUGCAUAACUAUUCACUUUGACACUAGUCUCGAGUUCAGAUAUUAUAAAACCAUAUUGUUGUUUCUUUUAUUAUAAAUAUCUUUUUAAAACCAUAGAAUAUUUUACUGAAUGAACAAAAGUUACCCCAGAAAUUAACCUGUAUGUACCAAAGUGCUACCCGUUCACUAAUGAUAUAAUACAUAUAUAAAUACAAUGCCAUUCCACAUUUGUCUCAAUUAAAUGUUCUUUUGGUGUUAAUGUGAUAAUUUAAAAGAACAAGCUUAAUGUUAAUUAUUUAAAAAGAGUUAUUUUAUGUUGUAAUCGUUGUAUUUAAGAUAAUAAAAAUAAUU